AUGGUUAAAAUGGAUUUCUCAUUAAAAACAAGAAUAAAAAAAACUAUAAAAGGAAUUACAUUUGAAGAUUUAAAAGUUCAUUUAGUAUUAUUAUCAGUAUGUUUAGUAUUUUCAGUAUUUUAUAUAGUUGCAAAAUUAGCAAUGGAUAAUAUACCACCAUUCGUAUUUUUAAUGUUUAGAUUAGUUAUUGCAACACCAUUACUUUGGUUAAUGGCAAUAAUAUUAUCACCAGACACAGUAUUUAAAUUACCAACAAAAAAAGAAUUUAUAUUAUUAUCAAUAUCUGGAAUAUUUUCAGUAACUAUAAAUCAAUCAUUAUUCCUCUACGGUCUCUAUCUCAGUGGUGCCACUAAUGCUGCAAUCGUUCAACCCCUAACCCCAGUAUUCAGUGCAAUCCUUGCUGUAUUAUUAAAAUUUGAAAGAAAAACAAAAUUAAAAUUGUAUGUCCGUGUGUGUGUGUGUGUUAUAGGUGUUGCAAUUGCAGUGAUUGGUGCAGUGUUGAUGGUAGAUUUCACACAUUUGAAAUCAAAUGAUUCAAAUAGGAAUAAUAUUUUAUUUGGUAAUUUAUGUUUUUUAGGAAACACAUUGGCAUAUGCUAUAUUUUUAUUAUCACAAAAACCAUUGAUUGAUGAUGGUGGUAUGAGUGCAUCAAAAUGUAUGGCAUGGUCAUUUACAAUUGGUACACCACCAGUGAUAGCAAUUGCAUUGCUUAUUGCAAAAAGUGAAAUUAGUUCACAAGUUGCUCAAAUUUCAUUAUUUGGUUGGUUAUCUGUUAUAUAUUGUGCGAUAUUUGCAACUGCAUAUGCAUUUUUUGCAUCAAGUUGGGCUGUUGCAAAAAGUGAUUCUACCACUGUAUCUGUGUAUCUCACAGUGGAACCACUAUUGACUGGAGUGUUGGCUUACAUUUUCUUAAGUGAAAUAUUAACUCCAUUAAAUAUUGUAGGUGGUUUUGUAAUUUUAUUUGGUGUUGGUGCUGUCAUGGUAUCAAAAUAUAGAGAGAAUAAAAAAGAUGCAUUAUAUAAAUAUGAAAAACAACAAUACGAUAUAAAUAAUGGGUCAAUUGAAUUACCUCCACAUUCAAUUGAUAAUAAUAAUAAUAAUAAUAAUAAUAAUAAUAAUAAUACUGGUGAUAUAAUAUCAAAUUCGAUUUCACAUUCGUCAUCUGAAAAUUCAUUUAGUAAAAUUAUAGUUUCAACAUCAAUAAUUUCACAAACUGAUGAUGAUAAUAAUAACAAUAAUAAUAAUAAUAAUAAUAAUAAUAAUAAUAAUAAUAAUAAUAAUAAUAAUAAUAAUAAUAUAAAUAGAAAUGAAAGUAUUAAUUCGAGUAUUAUUAAUAUACGAAACAGUUAUGGUGGUGGUGCUGAUGAUUAUGGUGCUGAUGAUAGUGGUUUUGAUGAAAGUAAAAAUAAUUUAUUAAGUGUAUUUAAAAAACAAUCAAUAAUUAGUGAUGAUGAUCGUGAUGAUGAUCAAGAUGAAUAUAAUUUAGAUAAAAGUGCUGGUGAUGAUUCAAUUAGGGUGGGGAGUGCAGGUGUUUUAGUAUUUUAG